CUUUCUGUCAGUUUUACUUUUACUUCCUUAUUACACGCCGUCCUCCAUCUUGAAUCCUGAUUUGCAAAAAUAUUCUCCCUUUUGUGUAAAACAAAGGUCUUGAAGUUGUAGGGUUGGCAUUUUUCACCUAGACAGAGAAACCAUCUUCAUUCAACAUGUCUGAUGGAUAUGGAAGUCACAAGCGUGAGCAUGAGGAUGACUAUGGGGAAGAGAGUCACGGUGAGGGUCGCAAGCGUCACCGUGGUGAGGGAGACCGGGUCGACCUCCGCAUUCUCCUCCAGAGCAAGAAUGCUGGAGCCAUCAUUGGCAAAGCGGGCACAAACAUAAAGAGGUUGCGAUCGGACUACAAAGCAAGCGUUACAGUUCCCGAUAGUGACGGUCCCGAACGGAUUUUGACUAUCAGCGCUGAGCUUGGCACUGCAUUAGACUGCCUUCUGGAUGUCAUUCCAACCUUAGAAGAGUAUCAGAACAUGAAAAGUAACGACUUCCAGUGUGAGAUCCGCAUGCUCGUGCACCAGAGUCAGGCUGGCUGUGUCAUUGGCAGGGCAGGAUUCAAGAUCAAGGAGCUCAGAGAGAAAACUGGCACAAACAUCAAGGUCUACUCUCAGUGUUGCCCGAAUUCAACAGAGCGUGUGGUGGCAGUGGCAGGAAAACCAGAAUCCGUGGUCAACUGUAUUGACACCAUCUAUGAGCUUCUUGAAUCUGCACCGCCCAAGGGACCUAACCAGUAUUAUGACCCCAACAACUUCGAUGAGUACUACUGCCAGGAGUAUGGUGGCUACACAAUGGCUGACGGUCUCCGUGGCAACAAGGGAGGUCGUGGUGGAGGUCGCGGGGGAUUUGGAGGCCGAGGUGGUGGUGACCGUGGUGGAUUUGGAGGCCGGGGAGGAGGUCGCGGUGGACGGGGUGGAAUGGGUGGUGAUCAGAUGGGUGGAGGCGGUGGUGGUCGUGGAGGAGGCAUGGGUGGGGGAUUUGGUGGGCGAGGGGGCGGGAACAUGGGAGGUGGGCGUGGUGGCGGUGGAAACUUCGGAACCCCUGCCCUUACAGACUUGAAUACAAAUAUGGGCAGCAGCAACAUGGGUGGAGGGAUGGGCGGUGGCCGUGGAGGUGGAAUGGGCGGCGGGAUGGGAGGAGCCAGAGGUGGAGGUAUGGGUGGUAACAUGGGUGGCUCCGGUCCUCGGGGUGGUAUGGGAGGUGGAAACUUUGGUGGGCGUGGUGGAGGAGGCGGUAUGUCAGGUGGGCGUGGCGGUAUGGGUGGUGGCAUGGGAGGCGGCAUGGGCGGCGCAAUGGGAGGGGGAUUAGGGGGAAACAUGGGUAACCAGAGUGGGUUCGGCAACAACCCAGGAGGUUUUGGGGACAAUAUGGGAGGAUUCCAGGAUGACAACAUGGGAGGUAUGGGUAACCAGGGGAUGAUGUUUGGUGGCAAUGAUCCGACAACCAGCACACAGGUUACCAUUCCUAAAGAUAUGGCGGGUGCCAUUAUCGGGAAAGGUGGAUCACGAAUCAUGGAGAUCAGGCGACAGUCCGAGGCCCAGAUUGUGAUUGAUGAGGCCCUACCUGGGUCCAACGACCGCAUCAUCACCAUCACAGGCUCCGAGGAGCAGAUACAGAAUGCUCAGUACCUCCUGCAGAUGAGUGCAAGAGAGCUUCAGGCCGGAGCAAGGGCCAAAAAUCAUUAGAUGGUGUUAAAAAAUGCAGCAAAUAAAAGGAGAAACAAACAAUGUGAAUGGGACUCGAUAACCGUUUUCAAGCUGGAAGAUGUCGUGGAGAUGUCUGAUGUGCAUCAGAGGAUCAUGUUUAUACCAAGCCCAUCAGCUAUUUUUAACCUUACAUUACAUGGUGCACUAUUAUCAUUUAUUUUUGUGGAAAUUACUCACUUUGUAAAUUCAUUACAUUUUAAUACCUUCAAAAUUGUUUCCAUUGAAAGAUUCUCUUAAAAAAAAAUUGUCAGGUUUUGUGUAAAUUUUUCAAAGAAUCAUGUUUCAUGUAUUUCACAGUUUUAACAGUCAAAUUGAUGUUUCCAUUUUACUUAUCUACCAUUUUGUAUAUAUAAUCCACAUGUUGUCCAAAUGAGAGAAAUGUAUCAUUUGUAUAAUACUAGUUUUAUUGCAUUGUUACGGUCUUGUUUUCUGUUGUUGUCAGUAGGGAAUAGUUUGGUGGAACAGAGACAUACUUUCAGUUGUUCAUCAAUUUGUAUAGAUGGGUUUUUAUCACAAGUACUAUUGCAAAAUAUCGUAUCCUAACUUGAUGUGAGUUACAUAAGUACAAUCAAGUAUCUUUUGCCGGUUAUUUGGACUGUGAACAUUUUGAUCUGUGGGGAUUGGUGUGAAAUUUCUGCUACUGUGUGAAAUUAAUUUCACAGGUUAGGACUAUAAACGAUACCAUUUAUCACCUGUGUUUUAAAUGUGAGAAUUCACUCCAGUUACUGCCGAGGAUGUUGUAGCUUUCCUGGAAUCAUGAUUGUUUUCCAAAACACUCCGAUUGUAUAGGAGUCAUGUACACUUCAAGUGAUCCAUUUUGUAUCCAUUGCAGAAGAAAAUGCAUCAUGUCACUUGCAAAUAUUUUAUGGUUUGAAACGAGAACAAAGUCUCUCAUAUAUUCUGUCUUACAUGUCAUUUUAUAGAAUAAAGUAUUUUGCAAAAAAAUGU